ACGGAGGAUCCGGGUAUAAGUAAGAGAGAGCGCAUCACCCGCGCACAUACUUUCUGCGCACAGAAGGGAGAGUUGAUAACGCAGCAGUUUUUUUAAUACAAAAUCAGGUCAGAAUGGAGCGAAAAAUGUUACGUGGAAUAUGUGCAAUUUUGUUAUGUCUUACAACCUACCUCGCCGUAACUCAGGGCGUCAGAUCUCUACCAAAUUGCAGAGAAGAGUUAAUAUUCUAUAAAAGAAUUCUGUCCAAACGAUACUUCGUGAAGCAAACAAUAUGCGAGUACGUGCUAGUAGUCGAGCAUGCGCACACCAUGACAUAUCAAAACCAGCGUGUGGUGCCCGACUGUACACUCCCUAAUGGAUCUCUGCUGGGCGAGUGUGUGGCCUGCCUCAUUGACGAUCCCAACUGUGCGGGUACUAGCAGAGCCAUUUCAUUCGACAAUGUAAUCACAGGGGAUGGUAUAUUCAGAGAGUUGAUAGCUAUCAAUGGCACAAUGCCGGGACCAAAGAUAGAGGCCCCCUCAGGUGCGAUGGUCGUGGUGCACGUGAAGAACAACCUGAUUAACGAGCCUAUCACCGUCCACUGGCACGGCAUGUUUCAGUUUAAGACGGGGUUUAUGGACGGCGUCCCCCACCUCACCCAGUGUCCUAUUAACUCUGGGCAGGUCUUCACCUACAGGUUUAAAGCCGAACCAUCUGGAACCUUCUUUUAUCACGCCCACACCGGUGCACACAGAACAGACGGUCUGGUGGGAGCUUUAAUAGUAUACCCGGAACACGAGAUCACGUAUACCAGCUCAACGUCGGGAUCCAGUUUUGGUAGAAAUUUCUUCUCUAGAUUCAGGAACUUCCAGCUGGCGAGAUCAGUAAGUGUGUCUGAGGAGGAACACGUUAUACUGCUGCAGGACUGGUUUCAUGAGGACACAAAAAAUGUUUUCAAGAUCCAAAACGGCGGAGGAGGUUUCUAUCUUGAGAACCCGUUCUUCCCCCAAGGCACCAACAAGUUUGCCGUUACCUUCGGCCCCGACAAGGUCGCCUUGGCCGGAAUCCCCUACGUUUCUGGAGUCAUCAACGGGCGUCACAGGUACACGGACCCUCUUUUCUUCCAGACCACCCCGGUCGACAACCAGGUGCCCUAUGAGAGGUAUGACGUCAAGAGACAGAAUCCACCGCUGAGGUAUCGCUUCAGAAUGAUUUCCAAUUCCGUGCAGUACGCCUACCGAGUUUUCAUUGACGACCACCCUCUGACGGUUGUGGCCUCGGACGGUUUUGAAAUGGAGCCUGUUGAGGUCCAGAGCUUGUUGAUCAACCCCGGGGAGAGGUAUGAUUUCCUGAUAACGGCCGAUCGUCCCAACGCGGCCUACUGGCUUAGAGCAGAAAGUUUGGUGACCGACCCGGCUACAAAUACUCCGUUGAAGCAACAAGUGCUUGCAAUCCUGCAGUACCAGAACCCUAGCGGACCUCGAGUUGUCACGCCGGAUUCUCAGAUACAGUCCAUUCCAGAACCAUGUAGUUCGAGUAACAAGUGCAAGGUCUAUAACUGUCCGUUUGGAAAAUUCCCUCCCAAUCGCAACUUCCAGUGUCUGAAUGUUGGUGACUCCGUCAAAAACCCUGCAGCGCAGGGUCCCCAUGACAACGAGCCCGUUCCCACCCCGGUGAGACGGACCCGACAGAUCUUUACCAACUGGCACUUCCUGGCCAACGGAGCGUCCGUAAAUGGCAUUGCGCACGUGAGACCCACGGCACCGCCUCUGACACAACCGGACACACUCCCGGGAUCUCUAACGCAAUGUGAUGCCUCGUGUGACACGGAGAAGAACGCGGACGGAUGCAGGUGUACCAAUAAGAUAGACCUCGAAUACAAGAAGGCGUACCAGUUCGUUCUGGUCAAUCAUGGGAGUGGAGGUGGAAACCAGGGCGCUCCACAUCCCAUCCACAUGCAUGGUCACAGUUUCCACGUGUUGAAGGUGGCGUAUGCCGAUCAGGACGCCAACGGUGCCUUCCUCAAGUACAACGACGACAUUUGCUGCCCUUGUCCAGAUGACGAAACCAAAUGCUGCACUAACCUACAGUCAACUGACAUUGCUAAUGCCGGCCUGACAUCUAGCACCGGAGGACGUGUGCCGUGUAAUAACCCCAGGUGGCGCAACAACCAGUGGAACAUCAACCCCAGCGCCGUGGCCGGUCUGAACCUGCAGGACCCCCUCCGUAAGGACACCAUCAUCGUCCCCGCCGGCGGCUACGCUGUCGUCAGGAUAGAAGCUGAUAACCCAGGUUGGUGGUUUUUCCACUGUCACGUGGAGAUUCAUGCACUUGGCGGGAUGGCGCUGGUGCUGAACGAGGCCCAGAACCUGCAUAAGAGAGUCCCACCGCCGCCACAUUUCCCAAAAUGCAUGAGUUUCGAUUGGUCCGCGCAAGAAUAUAUUAAAGCACUCAGACGCCGUAUUGAUGGUAUCUCCUUUGAUGGCUUUAUAUUCGGCAGGGGCCCUACAGCCCCCCGCCUACCAUCGUCCAGUGUUCCUGAUGCAGAUACCAAGGGACUGGUAGAAGUCGACGAUAACAUCCCAAUUUCAAGGCAGGGUCUUAGAGUACCGAUUGAGGACGAAAACGCCCCCAACCCCAACGAUGCCCUUGCUGGAGAGAACGUGAACUUUAGCGGUUUUCUACAGUCGUAUGGACGCCAGGGCGAGGCCCUGCAGGCCGCAGGAUAACUUUUUACAGACCUUGUUAAAGAUGUGACUCCUCAAAAACAAACGCAUACACUUUUCAUAUAAAUUUAAUCCGAAGUAUUUUUGUGGGAAAUACACCAUAGAUGGGUGAUUCAUAUAGCGAUCUCUACUUUUCUCCUAAAGCGCAUUAUCAUAUUUUCAUUUUCAUCCAUCUACUAUCCAAUACCGUUUUCUUAGUCUUUUUUGUGGUUUCUUCAUUCCCACAGAUAUGAAUGCCGUUAUUCUUCAAUGUGAUUUUCCGUUUGUUAUUUUAUUAUCGAUGGAUUUUUUAGGGAUUAAAGCAAUCAAUUUAAAACGUAGAUAUGAAGCAUACAAUGUAUGUUUGAUACAACGAAAUCAGCAAAAUUAUUCUUAUAACUGAACGACUAAGUAACACAGAAUCGAAGUAUUUAUUUUCAUUUGUUUAGUUGGUUUUGUAUAUAUGUAACUGCAAGCAUUUGUAGUCUAAUUUGUAAAUAAACAAUUCACCGUA